AUGGCCGACGCGAAAGCACGUUCGUAUGAACUCCAUUACUUUCCAAUACAUGCCCUCGGGGCAACCUCACGAGCUAUCCUUUUGCUCGCAGGUGCUGAUUGGAAGGACCGCGUUCAGCCAUUUCAGCUCCUUCCCCUACAUCAAUGUUUUCAGACCUGGAGCGAGGACAAAUCCAAGACCCCCUUUGGAUGCCUGCCUGUCCUUACCGUCCGAGACUCUCAGGGCGAGACCAUCCAGCAGAUCCCCGAGGCAGAAGUGAUUGAGCGCUACCUCGCCAAAGAACUCGGUUUCUUUGGGUCCGCCCCAGAAGAAGAGCUUCAGAUAUCUAUCUUCCUAUCCCAGGCCAUCACCAUCCACAACGUCUGGGUCUUCCGUGUCGUGCCCGCGCUCGAACCUGUUCGUGAGCAGGUUCUUAAGACGUUUCUAGAGGGUUCGCUCAAGAACUGGGUCCAGAACUGCGAGAAGCACCUGGCUGCCAAUGGCGGCAAUGGUCUUUUUGUGGGAAACAAGACCUCUUUGGCGGAUAUAAAGACUGCAGUGUUGAUGGAUAUGUUUUUGGCGGUCGAUGUCAUGGGUGAGGUGCUGAGUGCAAAGCAGGCACCUGGGCUGUGGAAGUUGAAGGAACUGGUGGAUAUGAAUGUAAGGUAUGCAGAGUAUCGAAAGUCAGAGGCGUUUAGGGUGCAGGAUGAGGAGACGAAGAAGAGGGUGGUGCCGAAUAUCAAGUUGUUUGAUCUCUCUAAGGCGCAUAUCUUUACAUGA